UUUCGCUCCGACAGGUCAGACACAGCUAUCCUGUACAAUGACCGCUCGGUGUUGGAAAGUCACCACGUCAGCGCCGCCUACCGCCUGCUGCAGGAGGACGAUGAGAUGAACAUCCUCUACAACCUCUCCAAGGACGACUGGAGAGAGCUGCGGGCUCUGGUGGUGGAGAUGGUGCUGGCCACAGACAUGUCCUGCCACUUCCAGCAGGUUAAGGCCAUGAAGAACUCCCUACAACAGCCUGAGGGCAUUGACAAGCCCAAAGCCCUGUCCCUGCUGCUGCACACGGCAGACAUCAGCCACCCGGCCAAAAGUUGGGACCUCCACCACCGCUGGACCACCUCUCUACUGGAGGAGUUCUUCAGACAGGGGGACAAAGAAUCAGAGCUGGGCCUGCCGUUCUCUCCGCUCUGCGACAGGAAGUCAACAAUGGUGGCCCAGUCCCAGAUCGGGUUCAUCGACUUCAUCGUGGUGCCCACCUUCACUGUGCUGACGGACAUGAUGGAGCGGAUCGUCAAACCGCUCAUCGACGAGGCCUCCCAUGCAGGUGUUGCCGGCUUUAGACGCUCAAGUCUGAACAGUAUUAGCUCAGAUGAGACCAAGAGGCUCAGCAGCUCGUCAGGACAGAGCUCUCUGCUGAUGGUGGACCUGAAGAACUUCAAGGCUCUGUGGAACGAAGAGGUUUACCAGAACAGAGAGAGGUGGAAAUCUCAGGCUGCUAAAGAAUCUGUUCCUCCAGCAAAAAAGCUUCAGACAGCCCACUGUAACCUUCCUGCUCUGCACCAAACAGCAGAGACACACAAGGCGGAGGAGAGAGCUAAAAGGGAUCUGGAGGAGCAGGCCCAGCAGGAAGAAGCCAUGGAGCCCCGGGAGGUCCAGACAGAACCUGAACAGCCUGAACCAACGGAGGACCAACCGGAGGGGGAGGAGCCGGGGUCAGCAGAGGUCAGCCAAACACCAGAUGGUAACACGGAGGAACCGGAGCAGGAAGCGCAGCCGGAGAGCCCCUCACUCAAGAACCCCCCCCUGCAGAACGGAGAGUUGUCUGAAGGGACUGAGUCUCCAGUGGGGGAAGAAAACAAGAACAAAGGAGACGCUGCAGAGGUUACGAUGGACUGAGCUGCCUCUCUGGGGCUGUCGCCCUAAAGCUACUAACCUGUUUGAGAGGACUCACUCUCAGACCGGAGGGAAGUCCAUUAUUUGGGCUGCGUCGCCCUCUACAGGCCACCAAGAAACUGACACCUUCACUUCCGUUUCUCUCUGUGAGCAAGUGUUUUCUUAUUUUACUGCAAGGCUCCUGUUUGCAGAGCUCUACCCACGUGCAUUAAUCCUCCCUUCCUGCUUACUGAUGAAGACGAUAAAGAAGAAGAUCUAAGGACCUUAUUACGGCGACACGAUAAUGGGCUUAUUUUUUGUUUGCCAAUCUUUGACCUUGCUUUGGGUUGUGUUUCUAACUCAGCCACAGACAUGUAGCCAUUGUCCCACCGCUGUUAUGUAUCGCUGUCUACACUCACUAUUAGAUUUGAACACUUAAAGAACUGUGUAGGAAAAAAAAGUUUAUUUAAGGACAAAGUGACGAUCACACUUAUUUAUUUUGGUACUUAUUUAAAGGUGCAGAUUUAUGGGAAAUGCAGAAUAAAGGGACUUUUGAAGCUGCUACACAGGAUGUACAGCAUGCUUAUGUGUAGAGUCAUUCCCAGGUUUAAAGCACUACUAUUUUACUAGAAAGUACUCCUUUAACUCACCCUCUCUAUGUAGAAACCUGACUUGUUCCUGUGCUUGCUGUUUAAACACAUUUCAAUCCCACAUUGUAUGUCCCUUAAUACGUUUCAUUUCCUUAUGGCUAUCAGACAUGGUGAAAUGUGUUUCCUCCAGCCAUGUUUAUAUUGUGUCUCUGUCCUCUUUACUGUAAAUGUUCAAUGUGUGUACAUGUAUGAAUACGAUUCCACAAUCCACCAACAGAUGUUUUGGAUUUAGUGUAAGAUAUUGCAGUGAGAAAUGUCCAAAAAUUAGAAUGCAACUUUUACGUUUCAAACAUAUCACACAUCGUUUUUUUUUUAUAAUAUAAAAAUCCUUUACUUUUUCUUUUUGUAAAGUUGUUCUGCUUCUCUUGUGUCCCACAUGAGUCAUGCACUAGUUAUCCUCACACUGUGUGUCAUUUCUUCGUCAAAAGACUUCUCGAUGCCUUCUUAUAUGUAUUCAAGCUGUAGCAAAGAGUCAACAUGGCUGCAGGAUUAGAAAAUAUAUGUAUUUUAUUUUGCAGCUAUGUUACAGCAGCUUGGCCUACGAGGUGCUGGUGUGAUGUUUUCUCCACGUAGUUACGGCGUGCUCGCUCUCCUGUCAGCCAGUUGAACCCGUCGUGCUUCUGUGAUGCGUCCGAGGCUACGAGUCCAAACUGUUUCUGCUUCUUGGUCCUUUGCCUGGUUUUGAAGGCUUGUAAUGUUGUGUAUAGGAGAUGCAAAUAUUGCUUACUGUGCAUAUGUAACAUAUUGAACCUCCGCAAUGCUGGUUAAGCUUUUACUAUAUACUUAAUAUGUGUAAUUGGAAGAAAAAAAUACAAUUUUGGCAGUUGCAUAAUGAUUGAUAUGAUUUCCCCUAUAAACUGUGAACUGUCAUUAUUUUGUUCUCCUUAUGUUUUGAUGAUUUUGGGAAAAUCCCCAAAUGUUUGUUAUUGUGCCAAGAUCAAGUAAGGGCACUUUUUUUGAUGUUAUUAUUACUAUUAUCAUUUAUUAUUAUUAUUAUCAUUAUUAUUUUAAAGUAUACUGUACUUGCAUACUCAAUCUCAAUCUUUAUUUAUUUAUAUAGCACAUUUAAAACAACCUUCAGUUGACCAAAGCGCUGUACAGGCAAUAACUACAAUAUAAAAUAACACAAUGGGAGAACAAUAAAACAAUAGUUUAUACUGUAUGGGGGUUAAACAACUCCACACCUAAACAUUUAUAUACAAAUGUAGGAUUUAUUUUGUAGCCUAUUUGUUUUAAAACACACUUCUCAUUCUGAUAUUAUGCCAGGAACUUUGGUAUGGAUAAAAAUCAGUUUAUCACAUAAUGCAACUUUGACCUAAAGAACACAGUCAGUGGUUAGCUGCCAGCUGGCUGAAUGUGUGCCUAUAUACAUGUUCUCUCCACCUGUAGGACAAUUCACUGUGUGAUGUCAUUUGAAUCUGUGCUGAUCCAGGAACAGUCAAAGAAAACAAUUCAUAUCUUCCUACAAUUACUCCAGUCUUGAGUAAAGACUUCUAUUUUGUUGAAAAGUGUCUCGUUUGAUGUUUUUCAGAAGUAUUUAUGGUGGUAUAUAUUUUGCUCUUUCUUCAUGUAGAAAACAUCUAUUUUAUAGCUGUAUAUCUUUUAUUUUACUUUUACUGUACUGUUCGCUGGAUUGUCCAAAAUAACGUCUUCAACAUGUAAUGACAUUUUGACAUUGUGUCUCCUCUGGUGUCUCGUUUUAGUGUGUGUCUGUUGGAUAUGUUUAAUGCCACCAGCUCUGAAGUCAGAAAAAUGUAAUUGGCUGAAAACUGUCCAUUUAAAAUGUAACAAUCAUAUAAAAAAAUAGAUUUAUAAAUAGAACAAACGCAUCGUGUGCUCCAAUAGCCUGCCUGAUACUCGGUGAAGCAGAAUAUAUUUUCUGUACCGAGGGACCAACACAUGUACAGUCUGUAGUUUGCUCCGUCUUUCACCUGCUACUGUAUUUAACAAGAGUUUAUACAACCAUAAUCACAAACAUAGCUGUAUUUAUGACCUGUGAAGACUUCUAAACACGGUGUUUUGUAAUUGUUACUACGGAACAGAUUGUUUGUUGUUUGUUUGAUGCUUUGUGUCCUUGUUUAGUUAGUCUGAAUCACUCUAUAAUCAUGGAUCUCAAACUGUUCUAGUGACUGAGGUUAGAUGGAUCUAAAGCGUGUGUGAGAACCUGCCGAAAAAUACUUAAUGUGCAUUUCUGAUCUCCUCACUGUGACCUGCUCUAUCUGUGUGUGUGUGUGUGUGUGUGUGUGUGUGUGUGUGUGUGUGUGUGUGUGUGUGUGUGUGUGUGUGUACAUUCACGAACGAGAGUGUGUGUCUAGAUGAAGGAUUGCAUGAGAGACAGAAAGUGACGCAGUGGACUGUUUAAAGCUGGUAAACAACUCACUGCCAAAAACAUAAAAAAAGAAAAUAUCAGCACUUUUUUCCCCCUUUAAAGAUCUCAUUCUCAUAUAUUGUAUAUACCAUAUUAGGCUUAUGCCACAGAAUGUGAUUUCAUAUAGAAAUCAAAAGUAGACGUAUUAUAAAGUUUAAAUAUAAAAAGUUAUGUUAAUACAAAAGCAUUAAGGUGAGUAGUCAAACUAGCUAACAGAAGACAACCGCCUUAGGUUAAACCCUCCACUACAUCCAUGAAGACUAAGUGUGUGUGUGU